AUUCCUAGCUAGGGACGGGCGGGGCAGUACGAAAACCGCGUCAGUGUGGAGGCGUGGGAGCCCAUGGCCAACCCGGGGUCGUACGAGUAACAAAUCAUCUGCCAUCCACGGUAUGGGCCACCAUACGGAAGGUCGUGAAUGAUGCAUCAAGUUUACAGUGGACGGAUGGCGCGAUCAUAAUCUGGGUAUUGUGGCUCCAUCCGCCGUAUCUAUAUUCCCUCCCGAAAAGAGGAGGGGAGGGGGAGAGAGAGAGAGAGAGAGAGAGAGGAGAAAUGGAGAGAGGAGGGAGCCAUGGCUCUUCUUCACCGUACUCUCUUCCACCCGCUCGCUUCUACAACGAAGAUAUCCUUUUCGUAGUCGACUCCGAUCUCGAAGCCCAUGUCGAGAUGAAGAUCGCAGGGCCUAAAGGCCGGCCCAUCACCCGCUUGGAUUCCAUCAAGCAUGCCAUUCUCCUCUUCAUCCACGCCAAGCUCUCCAUCAAUCCUGACCACCGGUUCGCAUUCUCCGUCCUCGGCCAAUCCGUUUCUUGGGUACGGAAGGAGUUCAACAGUGAUGUUGAUUCUGCAAUGGCUGCGGUACGGGCGAUCUCAGCUGAUUCAUCAUAUGGUCAUGCUGAUCUCACUCAGCUCUUCCGUCUAGCUGCUCACGAAGCAAAGAAAUCCCGUGCGCAGUCUCGGAUAUUCAGAGUGGUCCUCAUAUACUGCCGAUCAUCCGUGCCCCCACAACAUCAAUGGCCAGUAAGCCAGAAGCUCUUCACUUUGGAUGUCAUCUAUCUCCACAACAAACCUGGUCCCGAGAAUUGCCCACAGAAAGUCUAUGAUGCAUUGGUGGAUGCCCUUGAGCAUGUUAGUGAAUACGAGGGCUACAUCUUUGAAAGUGGCCAGGGGCUUUCACGAGUGCUCUUCCGGCACAUGUGCGUGCUACUGUCGCAUCCGCAGCAACGCUGUGCGCAGGAUGACAUUGACAUUCCCAAGUCGCUGACAAAGAAGUCAUCUGCGACUGAUGCAGCCCCAGGUGAAGAGAGCAUUCCUGUGUCCAGCCAAUGAGACCAUUGAGUAUGCCAGCAGCACAUACUUGGAACUAUUGAGUUGAGCAUCAGAUGUGGGUACUGCCACUGACCAAAUCUACUUCUGGUUGAAUCCCUUUGUUGAUUUUUUAUCAUUGGGUGAAGGUCUCUUUUGUGUUUUGUCUCUCUCACCUGCAGUUGUAUUGAUAGUUUGUUUUUCAAAACACUUGUCAUAUUGCCUUUUGUACUGUAAAAAAACUGUUGCAGCCUCUUCCUUCAGAUUUCAGAUCUGACAGGAAAUGCCCCC